AUGACGUCAUCCCCCACCGCUGCCCCCUUUUCCCUCACCAAACACCUCCUCUCUCUCGAACCAGAGGAGUUCAAAGCCGCGACUCAACACCCCUUUUUGCUCGCUGCAGCAAAGGGGACGCUCCCCAAAGAUUUGUUGAGUCAUUGGCUGGUGAAUGACCGGUUGUAUAUCCAUGCUUAUAUCCGAGCUGCGGGACAGUUGCUCGCUAGUCUGGAGCUGCCGAAGCAUUUACCUGGGGUUGAACAGCCGGGGGAAGAGGAUGAGGCGUUCGAAGUUAGACUGGUGGAUUGGCUGAUUGAGGCUUUGGGUGCGGUGAGGAGGGAGGAGAGGAUGUUUCUUGAGGUUGGGGAGAGGUAUGAAUUGGUGGAUUUUGUGGGAGUGAACUCGAGGGAGGUGGGGAGGGUGAAGGGGUUGGGGGUUAUUGAGGGGUUGUUUAGGGAUGUUGGAAGGAAGGAGAAGGGGAAGGGGUUGGGGGCUUGGUUGUUGGGGGCGGGGGGAGGGGAAUUGCCGGUGAGUGAGAAGAUUCCUUGGUUGGAGGGGGCGGUGACGUUUUGGGGGACGGAGAGAGUGUAUCUUGAGGCUUGGAGCUGGGCGAGGGGGCAGCAGGAGGAGAGGCCUAAUGGAAAGGAGGAUGAGGAUGGUGGGGCGUUGAGGAGGGAGUUUAUUCCUAAUUGGAGUAGUGAUGAGUUUAGGGGGUUUGUGGAGAGGUUGGGGGUGUUGAUUGAUCAGGCUGUGGAGAGGGAGAUUGGGAUGGUGGGUGAGGAUGGGCAGAAACAGGAGGAAGUGAAGAAAGAAAUCUUGGGGAGGGUGGAAGGGAAGUGGAGGACCUUGUUGGAGGGGGAGAAGGGGUUUUGGCCGGAUGUGUGA